GUUAAGUAUUUUCUAGCAUUCCAAUUUAGACAAAUCAACCUAUAUCUUCUCAGCUCCGUUUUAUUAUCUUUAUUUUCUCUUUAAAAUUAAAUUAAAUCUUUUAUUUUCUGGAUCACAAAGUCACAAAGAUACCCUCCUGUUUCUUGCCUUCUUCUUAAGCGUCUUUGCAGAAGCAGCAUCAAUUAUAUAUAUAUAUAUAUUUGUUUGCAGCCCUGUGAUUAUCUGGGUUUGAUUUUCUUGUCCUUUCUUGUGGUGUUAUCAUAGUUUAUAAUAAUAUUUUUUUAAAAAAAAAAAUCUUUUGAGCCCACUUUUCUUGAGCACCCAUUUGGAGAAAGAUUCAAUUUUUAGCAUAAUUUUAUCAAGAAUUUGAGGACCCAAGUGGUCAAAAUAAAUAAAAAAUCAAGAUUUUAGUUUUUUAAAAGAGCCCUUGUCUCAGAUGUUUUGAUUUAGUUCUUAUAGUAAUUCCGGGUUCUUGAUUUCUUGGUUCUUGAUUCUUGAUACUAGAUUAUAGUGUGUAGAUAAGAUGUUGGGUACUCAAAGGAGAGACUUGAAUUUUGACUCUAAAGCUCAAGUUUCGAUUUUGAGGCCAAGCAUUCAUGCCAGAAGGGCUAACAUAGUUGUGAAGUUUCAAGAUCUCUAUGGGUUUACAGUUGAAGGCAAUGUGGAUGAUGUUAAUGUAUUGAAUGAAGUUAGGGAGAAAGUGAGAGAGCAAGGGAAAGUUUGGUGGGCACUAGAGGCUAGUAAGGGUUCAAAUUGGUAUUUGCAGAGUUAUGUGUCUUCUACCAUUAAGGCUUCCCUGAAUUUCUCGAAUUUAGUUAAUGCGAUUUCACUGAAGAAGUUGAUCAGGAAGGGAAUUCCUCCGGUUUUGAGGCCAAAGGUGUGGUUCUCAUUGUCUGGUGCAGCUAAGAAGAAGUCUACUGUGCCUAAUAGCUAUUAUAAUGAUUUGAUUGUUGCGGUGGAGGGGAAGGUUACACCUGCGACUAAGCAGAUUGAUCAUGACCUGCCACGAACAUUUCCAGGUCACCCAUGGUUAGACACUAAAGAAGGUCAUGCAGCUCUCAGACGUGUUCUUGUUGGGUAUUCAUUUCGUGAUUCUGAUGUUGGCUACUGUCAGGGUUUAAAUUAUGUUGGAGCAUUAUUGUUGCUUGUAAUGAAAACUGAAGAAGAUGCUUUCUGGAUGCUAGCUGUCCUCCUGGAGAAUGUAUUAGUUAAUGAUUGUUACACGACAAACUUAUCAGGUUGCCAUGUUGAACAAAGGGUGUUCAAGGAUAUACUGGUUAAAAAAUGUCCAAGAAUAGCCGCUCAUCUGGAAGCUCUGGAAUUUGAUGUCUCCCUAGUUGCCACCGAGUGGUUCUUGUGCGUCUUUUCAAAGAGCUUGCCCUCAGAGACAACCUUGCGGGUGUGGGAUGUCCUUUUUUAUGAGGGUGCAAAGGUUCUUUUCCAUGUAGCUCUUGCUAUUUUCAAGAUGAAAGAAGAGGAGCUGCUCGUGGCACAACAUGUUGGAGAUGUAAUUAAUAUAUUACAAACGACCACCCAUCAUCUCUUUGAUCCUGAUGAACUAUUGACGGUUGCAUUCGAUAAGAUUGGCUCAUUAACACUUACCAACAUAUCAAAGCAACGGAAAAAGCAGGAACCGGCAGUUAUGGCAGAGAUUGAUCAGAGGGUGAGACGGCUGAAUUCGAUGACUGAAUCAGACGGUAAAGAAAUCUUGUAGCAGAUCAAACUUUGAUCAUCUGAGGGAGUUGCUGCAACUUUGUCUUUAGAAACUUAGUAUGCUAAGAUGUAAAUUUAAUUGUCGAACACUUGGAUUCUACUGCAAAUCGGAAUCAAUGCCUCUGAAUUGAAACUCAGUCCACUUAUAUUAUGACUUCGGUUGUAACGGAAUUUUAUAUUUUUCUGUAAUUUACGAUCUUAAAAUGAUAAUAUGUUUGGCUAA